AACCCAAUACUAUUAUGUGAAGACCGCUCGCCGACAUAAACCCUAAUCCAUCGUAAAACACCACCAACGACAGAAUUCAUUGAUCAACAAUGGGGAAAGUGAAGGGGAAGCAUAGGUUGGACAAAUACUACCACUUCGCUAAAGAGCACGGCUACAGAUCUCGUGCAGCGUGGAAGCUUGUGCAGCUCGACGCCAAAUUCCGUUUCCUCAACUCCUCCCGCUCCGUGCUCGACCUCUGCGCCGCCCCCGGAGGAUGGAUGCAGGUCUGCGUCGAGCGCGUUCCCGUCGGCAGCCUCGUCGUCGGCGUCGACCUCGACCCGAUUCGCCCCGUGCGCGGCGCCGUCUCGCUGCAGGAGGACAUCACCGAUCCCAAGUGCAGAGCCGCCGUCAAGCGUAUCAUGGCGGAGAACGCCUGCUCGGCUUUUGACCUCGUGCUGCACGAUGGCUCGCCCAACGUCGGCGGCGCGUGGGCGAAGGAGGCUACGAGCCAGAAUGCGCUGGUUAUUGACUCGGUGAAGCUCGCCACCGAGUUGUUGGCUCCUAAAGGAAAUUUUGUUACCAAGGUGUUCAGGUCUCAAGACUAUACUGCAGUGCUGUACUGUCUUAGACAGCUAUUUGAAAAGGUUGAAGUAGACAAGCCCGCAGCCAGUAGAUCAGCGUCAGCUGAAAUUUAUGUUAUAGGCCUUAAAUACAAGGCACCUUCUAAGAUUGAUCCCCGCCUUUUGGACUUCAAGCAUUUGUUUCAAGGAGGAAAGGAGCCUCCAAAGGUUGUAGAUGUGCUUAGAGGAACGAAACAAAAACGUCACCGUGAUGGGUAUGAGGAUGGUGACACAACUUUGAGAAAGAUGAGCACUGCAUCUCAGUUUAUUUGGUCCGACAACCCUCUUGAAAUCCUUGGUUCAGUCACUUCUAUAAACUUUGAUGAUCCUGAUUCUUUACCUUUGAAAGAUCAUACACAAACAACUGAAGAGGUUAAAGCUCUAUGUGAGGAUCUACGUGUUUUAGGGAAGCAAGAUUUUAAGCAUCUUCUAAAAUGGCGUAUACUUAUGAGGAAGGCUCUUUCUCCAUCCGAGAAGGCUACUACUGCUCCCUCUUCUGUUGAAGAAGAGAGCAAGAUAGAUGAAGAUGAGAAACUACUUAAUGAAAUGGAAGAGUUAACCAAUGCCAUGGACAGGAAGAAGAAAAGGGGAAAGAAACUUGUUGCUAAAAGACUAGCCAAGGACAAAGCUCGGAAAGCAUUAGGGAAACAGAUGGAUGCAAUUGAAGAUGGUUACAUUGAUAUGGAGUUGUUUUCUCUAUCUUCCAUCAAGGAGAAGAAAGAUCUUGUGGCUGUUGAUAAUAAUGAGUUCGAUGAUGAUGCCGGUGAAGUUGGGAACAGUGAAAGCGAAAGCGAAGGUCACGCUGAAGAAAGCUCACAUAGUGAUUUGGAUUCUGAGGAGGAAAGAAAGAGGUAUGACGAACAAGUAGAGAACUUGCUCGAUGAAGCAUAUGAAAGGUUUUUGACUAAAAAAGAUGGAAGUACAAAACAGAGGAAGCGGUCAAAGCAAGAUUACAAGGAUGAGCAACUCUUGGAGGGUGAUGAAGAAACAGUGUUGCAUUCCGAUCAAGACUCGGACAAUGAAAAGGGUGAUCAUGAAGCAAAUCCUCUCAUGGUACCACUUGCAGAAGAUGAACUAACUCAAGAGGAAAUAGCAGCUAAAUGGUUUAGUCAAGAUGUGUUCAUGGAUGGAGACGAACAUGAGAAAUUAGGUAAUGAUGAUAGUGAAGAUGAAAUGCAGGUUGAUUUGCCAGUGAAACCCCCCAGAGUUUCAGCAAAGAAAACCGAAGCUUCUCCUGAGCAGCCUGUUCGUCAGAAGAAGGUGGAUAAGGUAGACGAUGGUUUUGAAGUGGUGCCUGCCCCAGCUACAGAUUCCGAUGAUUCUUCAUCUGAUGAGUCAGACGAUGAUGAUAGCAUUGAAACAAAGGCUGAAAUACUGGCUUGUGCUAAAAAGAUGCUGUCUAAGAAGCAGAGAGAACAUAUGAUAGAUGAUGCUUACAACAAGUAUAUGUUCCACGACGAUGGGCUUCCCAAGUGGUUCCUCGACGAGGAGAAGAAACAUCGUGUGCCUGUUAAACCUGUGACAAAGGAAGAGAUAGCUGCAAUGAAAGCACAGUUCAAAGAAAUCAACGCCCGGCCUGCUAAGAAGGUAGCGGAAGCCAAAGCCCGUAAGAAACGUGCUGCAUAUAAGAAACUGGAGAAGGUUCGGAAGAAGGCUAAUACCAUAUCAGACCAGGCCGACAUUUCUGACCGUUCCAAGGGCAGAAUGAUUGAAUCGCUUUACAAGAAGGCAACAGCUACGAAGAAGCCACAGAAGGAGUACGUGGUAGCGAAGAAGGGAGUCCAAGUUAAGGGUGGCAAGGGGAAGGUCGUCGUUGAUCGGCGAAUGAAAAAGGAUGCGAGGAAGAAGGGGGGAAAGCAGAAAGGUAAAGGCUCGGCAGCGAAGGGUUCGACAAAGGGCAAAGGAAAGGCAAAGGGUUCCAAAGCCAGGUAGAGAAAGGAGAGAAACGGUAGGAGUUGUUUGAAGAUUGAAGCUCUCACCCAGAUUGAGAUAUAGCAGGGAUCAAGAAUUCCUGUCUAAAGUCGGGUUCCAUUUUUGUUGAAAUUUUGUACUAUGACUUAAUUGUCCGUGUCUACAUUGACAAUUAUUUAAUUACUGCUGUUAUAAAAAUGUAACGUUUUUCGUUAUAUGUUGAAAAUUAGAACUAUAAAUGGGAAAAACAAAAGGAACAUCUUUGGUUUAAGUUA